CUACAAUUCCCCCUGCUAUCAAUUCUCCUGCUACCACUCCUCGUGCCACCACUACUCCUGCUGCUACUACAACUCUUGCUACUACUCCUUCUGCUACUACUACUCCUGCUACCAAUCCUCUUGCUACCACUCCUCUUGCUACCACUCCUCCUGCUGUUACUACAACUCCUGCUACUACUCCUGCUACCAAUCCUCCUGCUACCACUCCUUCUGCUACUACCACUCGUCCUGCUACACCUCCUCUUGCUGCUACCACUUAUCCUGCUACUACUACUCCUGCUACCAAUCCUCCUGCUACCACUCCUCCUGCCACCAAUCCUCCUGCUACCACUCCUCCUGCUACUACUCCUCCUGCUGCUACUACAACUCCUGCUAAUACUUCUCCUGCUACCAAUUCCCUUGCUACCACUCCUCAUGCUACCACUCCUCCUGCUACCACUCCUCCCGCUACCACUCCUCCCGCUACCACUCCUCCUACUGCUACUACAACUCCUGCUACUACUCAUCCUGCUACUACUCCACCUGCUACCACUACUCCUGCCGCUACUACAACUCCUGCUACUACUCCUUCUGCUACCACCCCUCCUGCUACCAAUCCUCUUGCUACCAUUCCUCCUGCUACUACUCCUCCUGCUGUUACUACAACUCCUACUACUCCUCCUGCUACCAAUCCUCUUGCUACCACUCCUCCUGCUACCACUCCUCCUGCUACUACUCCUCCUGCUCCUGCUGCCACUACAACUCCUGAUACUACUACUCCUGUUACCACUCCUCCUGCUACCACUCCUCCUGCUACCACUCUUCCUGCUACCAAUCCUCCUGUUACUACCACUCCUCUUGCUGCUACUACAACUCCUGCUACUACUCCUCCUACGGCCACUACAACUCCUGCUACUACACCUGCUACUACACCUGCUACCACUCUUCCUGCUACCAAUCCUCUUGCUACCAUUCCACCUGCUGUUGCUACAACUCCUCCUACUACUCCUCCUGCUACCACUCCUCCUGCCACCACCCCUCCAGCUACCACUCCUCCUGCUACCACUCCUCCUGCUACCACUCCUCCUGCUACCACUCCUCCUGCUACCACUCCUCCUGCUACCACUCCUCCUGCUACCAAUCCUCCUGUUACUACCACUCCUCCUGCUGUUACUACAACUCCUGAUACUACUCCUCCUGCUACCACUCCUCCUGCUACCACCCCUCCAGCUACCACUCCUCCUGCUACUACUCCUCCGGCUGGUACUACAACUCCUGCUUCUACUCCUUCUGCUACGUCCCUUCCUGCUACUACCACUCCUACUACUGUUCCUACUACAG